AGGAAAAAAUAGAAGAAGAAAUAGAUGAAACAGAGAUAGAAGAAAUAAAAAGAAGAAUACUAAGAGGAAGAAUAAGAGGAAUAAGAAGAGAAAGAGAAAGAGAAAAAGAAGUAUUAAGAGGAAGACCAAAAGGAAGACUAAGAGGAAUAAGAAGAGAAAAACUAAGAGGAAGAGAAAAACCAAAUAGAAUAAGAGAAUAA